AUGGAUCUAUACCCUCCUUGUGAACAGACAAUGACUCCUGUAUUUUUGGACACAGCUGGUGUAGACCCAGUGGCCAUGUCACACAACUCCACUGCAAUGGCACCGCAGGCCAUCUCAUUGGCAACCAGAACCCUAAUACUUGUAGCCUGUCUGCUGCUGGUUGCAUGGAGCCACACGGACAAGACAAGUGUACCAGGUCCUUCUUUCUGUCUGGGCAUGGGACCUCUUCUGUCAUAUUUGAGGUUUAUUUGGACAGGCAUUGGCACAGCAAGCAAUUAUUACAACAAGAAGUACGGUGACAUAGUCCGAGUCUGGAUCAACGGGGAGGAGACGCUCAUUCUGAGCAGGUCAUCAGCAGUGCACCAUGUACUGAAGCAUGGUCAUUACACGUCACGCUUCGGGAGUAAGCUGGGACUGGGCUGCAUUGGCAUGCACGAAAGAGGCAUCAUAUUCAACAACAACGUCACCCUGUGGAAGCAGAUACGUACCUAUUUCAGUAAAGCUCUGACAGGUCCUGGGCUGCAGAAGAUAAUGGAAGUGUGCACUUCCUCCACACAGACACAUCUGGACAACCUGAAGGGAGAAAAGAUAGAGAAAGGAGAUGGUUUGGCUCAGGUGGACGUCCUCAGUCUGCUGCGCUGCAUAGUGGUUGACAUUUCCAACAGACUCUUUCUGGAUGUACCCCUCGAUGAGAAGGAGCUGCUGCUGAAGAUUCAUAAGUAUUUUGACACAUGGCAGACUGUGUUGAUCAAACCCGACAUCUACUUCAAAUGUGACUGGAUUCACCAGAAACACAAGGCGGCAGCUCAGGAGCUGCAAGAUGCCAUAGAGAGCCUGGUAAAUCAGAAGAGGAGAGAUUUGGAGCAGGCAGACAAACUGGACAUCAACUUCACUGCCGAGCUCAUUUUUGCACAGAACCGUGGUGAGUUGUCGGCUGAGAAUGUGACGCAGUGCGUGUUGGAGAUGGUGAUCGCGGCCCCGGACACUCUGUCCAUCAGCCUCUUCUUCAUGCUGCUUCUCCUCAAACAGAAUCCUGAGGUGGAGCUGCAGCUGCUGCAGGAGAUAGACAGUGUUGUAGGUCAGAAGGAGCUUCAGAACUUGGACCUGAAGCAGCUGCAGGUACUGGAGAGCUUCAUCAAUGAGUCAUUACGGUUCCACCCAGUGGUGGACUUCACCAUGCGCCAAGCCCUGUCUGAUGAUGUCAUUGAUGGCUACAGGGUGCCCAAAGGCACAAACAUCAUCCUGAAUACCGGCCUCAUGCACCGGACAGAGUUCUUCUUCAAACCCAAUGAAUUCAAUCUGGACAACUUUAAAAAAUACGUCCCUCGUCGUUACUUCCAGCCGUUCGGCUCAGGGCCUCGCUCCUGUGUUGGCAAGCACGUUGCCAUGGUGAUGAUGAAAUCCAUCCUGGUGAUGUUGCUCUCUCAGUACUGUGUUUGUCCCCACAAUGGCUUGACACUGGACUGUCUGCCACAGACCAACAACCUCUCCCAGCAGCCCGUGGAGCGCGAGCAGGAGGCGCAGCAUCUCUCCAUGACCUUCUUACCCCGAAAACGAGGCAGCUGGAAAACACGCUAAGGCUCCUGUAUUUGUAUAUCUGCAUUUAUUCUCUACUAUAAAUGUUUAUGUUCUUCAUUUAUAAAAUUGUAUGACUGUGUGACUGUCUCAUAUUUAUCAAUGUUAUAAUAAUAAUAAUAAUAAUAAUAAUAA